AUGGUUAAAGUAAAGUCUAAAAAGAACUCAUUAACGAGUUCACUAGAUAACAAGAUCGUUGAUCUAAUCUAUCGUCUCCUGGAGGAAAAAACUUUGGACAGAAAAAGAUCCCUGAGACAGGAACCUCAAGGAGAAGAUAGCGAAAGCAACGAGGGCAAAGAAGAUGAGGAUGUAUUUGAAUCGAUGUUUUUCGCUAAAGAUUUAACAGCAGGCGAAAUUUUUACUUUUUGUUUAACUAAAGAUUUAUCGCUCCAAAGAGUUAAGAAAGUUGUCUUACAAAAGACAAUUGAACGUAUGCUGAAAGACGUUAUUGAAUCAGAGUUGGAAGAAUUUGGGUCUUACCCAGGAUACAACAAGGAAGAGGAAGAUAAAGCAAGUUUAGAAGAAGAAAUAGCUAAGAAAAACAUGAUGAUUGACCAAGACACAAAUGAGAUGAAUAAACGCAUAACUAGCAUGUGGUCCAAAUCAGGAUCUGCUUCGGAGCCUAUAGUAGAUACUGAUGACCCUAAGACGGAAGAAGUAAAAAAAUCUAAAAAAAGAUCCAAAGAAGGUACAUGUAAGGUAAAACGUCAAAAAGUCAAGGAAGAUAGAUCUCCACCCAAUUCGUCUUUGAAAUCCCUAGGUGGUAUGGAUGAUGUCGUUGCGCAACUUAUGGAGCUUAUAGGUCUACCCAUUCUUCAUCCGGAGAUAUUUUUAUCCACAGGUGUCGAACCGCCUAGAGGUGUUUUGCUCCACGGUCCACCUGGUUGCGGUAAGACAUCGAUUGCUAAUGCAUUGGCUGGAGAAUUACAAGUACCGUUCAUAUCUAUUUCUGCACCUUCGGUUGUCAGUGGUAUGUCUGGGGAAAGCGAAAAAAAGAUUAGGGAUUUGUUUGAUGAAGCGAAAAGCUUGGCACCAUGUCUUGUUUUCUUUGAUGAAAUAGAUGCCAUUACACCAAAACGUGAUGGUGGCGCUCAAAGAGAAAUGGAGAGAAGAAUAGUUGCUCAAUUAUUGACCUCAAUGGAUGAACUAACGAUGGAAAAGACAAAUGGAAAACCUGUUAUUAUUAUAGGUGCCACAAAUAGACCCGACUCUUUGGACGCAGCGUUAAGAAGAGCAGGUAGAUUUGAUAGAGAAAUAUGCCUAAAUGUUCCUAACGAAGUAUCAAGGUUACAUAUUUUAAAGAAGAUGUCUGAUAACCUAAAAAUUGAUGGUACCAUUGAUUUUGCCAAGUUGGCAAAAUUGACCCCUGGGUUCGUCGGCGCUGAUUUAAAGGCCUUAGUUACUGCUGCCGGUACAUGUGCCAUUAAAAGAAUUUUUCAAACCUAUGCUGACAUACGAUCCACACCAAGUGCAACAGCGUACGCUUCAGAAGAUAAGAUGGAAAUUGAUGAAGCCGCUAACGGAGAUGAAUCUAGCCUGAAGAACACUGCAAACAUGAUCGACCCGUUACCUCUAUCCGUAGUCCAACAGUUUAUCCGUAACUAUCCCGAACCUUUAUCAGGAGAGCAGCUAUCAUUAUUAUCCAUUAAGUAUGAAGACUUUUUGAAAGCUUUACCAACAAUUCAACCAACAGCAAAGAGAGAAGGGUUUGCUACAGUUCCAGAUGUUACUUGGGCAAAUGUGGGUGCAUUGCAAAGAGUCAGGCUUGAACUAAAUAUGGCUAUUGUUCAACCUAUCAAGAGACCAGAGCUUUAUGAAAAAGUGGGGAUUAGCGCCCCUGGUGGUGUUUUGUUGUGGGGGCCACCAGGUUGUGGUAAAACUUUACUAGCUAAAGCCGUUGCCAAUGAAUCUCGUGCAAAUUUCAUAUCAAUCAAAGGUCCCGAAUUGUUAAACAAAUACGUUGGUGAAUCAGAAAGAUCCAUCAGGCAAGUUUUUACUAGAGCAAGGGCGUCUGUACCGUGUGUUAUCUUUUUUGAUGAACUGGACGCUCUGGUGCCAAGAAGAGACACUUCAUUAUCCGAAUCUUCUUCAAGAGUUGUCAACACUUUGUUAACUGAAUUAGAUGGGUUGAAUGAUAGGAGGGGUAUUUUUGUGAUUGGCGCCACUAAUAGGCCUGAUAUGAUAGAUCCUGCUAUGCUAAGACCCGGAAGGUUGGAUAAAACUUUAUUUAUUGAGUUGCCUAAUACGGAAGAGAAACUAGAUAUUAUCAAGACUUUGACCAAAUCGCACGGGACACCACUGGGUAGUGACGUUGAUUUUGAAGAAAUUAUUAGAAAUGAAAAGUGUAACAACUUUUCAGGCGCUGACUUGGCCGCUUUGGUUAGGGAGAGUUCAGUCUUAGCUCUAAAAAGAAAAUUUUUUCAGAGCGAAGAAAUACAAUCCGUCCUUGAUAAUGAUUUAGACAAGGAAUUUGAAGACUUAUCGGUAGGCGUAUCUGGUGAAGAAAUUAUCGUGUCCAUGUCUGACUUCCGAAAUGCAUUAAGGAAGAUUAAACCCUCUGUGAGCGAUAAAGAUAGACUGAAGUACGAUAGAUUAAAUAAGAAAAUGGGUUUAACGGAGGAGAUGAAGGAUGCGGAAGAAAUAAAACAAUAA